AGAAGAAGAAGAAGAAGACAAGGUCGUCUGAGCAGUGCGGCGCCAGGAUGAUGUCUCUAGCUGCGCGUUCGGGGGCAUUUUCCCCUUAUUUGCAGACCACAGCGUUUAUUGUAGCGGGGCCCCUGAAACCUCUGGUUCCCAGUGUUGUUGUCAAAUCAGAAAAGUUUCUGAUUGAUCCAAAGAAACCGUUUCUGUGCCGAGAGACGCUGAGCAGCCAAAGCCCGAAGACAGGCCCUGCUGUCACGGUUAGCAUCAACGGGCGUGCCGGAGUCAGGUUUGCCCACACUGACAUCAGAGUACCAGACUUCUCCGACUACAGGCGUCCAGAGGUCCUUGACCCUCACAAGUCCUCCCAAGAGAGCAGCGAAUCCAGGAGAGCCUUCUCUUACCUGGUAACCGGAGUUACGGCUGUAGUUGGUGUUUAUUCUGCCAAGACUGUGGUGACUCAGUUUAUUUCCUCCAUGAGUGCCUCAGCUGACGUCUUGGCCAUGUCCAAGAUCGAGAUCAAGCUUGGUGACAUCCCCGAAGGGAAGAACAUGACCUUCAAGUGGCGCGGCAAACCGCUGUUCGUACGUCAUCGCACUGAGAAGGAGAUCGAAGCUGAAGCCGCCGUUAGCCUUUCAGAGCUUCGAGACCCUCAGCACGACAAAGACCGAGUCCUCAACCCCAAAUGGGUGAUUGUUCUUGGUGUGUGCACACAUCUGGGCUGCGUACCAAUAGCCAAUGCUGGAGAGUAUGGAGGUUACUACUGCCCCUGUCACGGCUCGCACUAUGACGCCUCUGGUCGCAUCAGGAAAGGCCCCGCCCCGCUCAACCUGGAGGUCCCAUACUACGAGUUUCCAGAUGAGGAAACUGUAAUUGUGGGAUAAACCACAAUCACAGACAAAUGGCUCAAUUCUCUAGACUUCAGUCCUCAGUAGCAACAAAGUUCAUCAUAUCCUCCCUCUGUGGAAAUGGGAGCCAAAGUUGCUUUGAUGUCUUGACUUUUAAAUUCAGUCUAACCAAUAAAGUUAUUUAAAUGAAUACCUGGAAGAUAAACCAUUUCUGUUUAUUCCAAUCAGAUGAAAGUCAUGUAAAUGUUGGUUAAUACCAUUUUGUGUUCUAGUCCUUCUGCUGUUGUGUUACUAAUAAAAAUCUAUUUUAUUUGACCCUGU